AUUUGUCAAAAUUGCGCCGCGCAUUUGUUUUCCCCAUGAAAACAAAACGAAGCGCCUUUUCCACUUCUGCGUUAACGUGAAAUUCGUGUUAAAACUCAAAUAAAAGCAAGUUUUCGUAGUCAGAUUCCGACGAACACGCAAAGAUGUUCGGGACACCAACGCUGGGGCAAACAUCCGCCUUCGGGGCGGCAAACACAACGGCCGUGGUCAACCCGAUGAAGGACUUUGAGGUGAUCUCCCCACCGGAAGACACGGUUUCGGCGAUGGAAUUCAGCCCGGCCACCUUGCAGCAGAAUUUCCUGAUUGCCGGAAGUUGGGAUUGCAGCGUCCGCUGCUGGGAAGUUGAGCAGAGUGGAAAAACAGUUGGAAAAUCUAUCAAAACUAUGGGUGGACCUGUUUUGGAUGUUUGCUGGGCGGAUGAUGGCAGCAAAGUUUUCAUUGCAUCAACCGAUAAGCAGGUUAAAUGUUGGGAUCUGGCAUCGGAUCAAGUAGUGCAGGUUGCGCAGCAUGACGCUCCGGUCAAAACUUGCCACUGGGUUAAAGGCACUAAUUAUACAUGUUUGAUGACCGGAUCCUGGGAUAAGACGCUUAAAUUCUGGGAUACAAGGACACCACAGCCGAUGAUGUCGAUUCAGUUGCCUGAGCGUUGUUACUGUGCUGAUGUUGAUUAUCCGAUGGCCGUGGUCGGAACCGCUGGAAGACAUGUUUUCAUCUAUUCGCUUGAAAAUAAGCCGACCCAGUACAAGCAGCAAGAGAGUCCGCUUAAAUAUCAGCAUCGUAACGUCUCGAUUUUCCGAGACAAAAAGAAAAUCCCAACUGGAUAUGCGCUCGGUUCGAUUGAGGGUCGCGUGGCAAUCCAGUACGUUAACCCGUUGAAUCCGAAAGAUAACUUCACCUUUAAGUGUCAUCGCUCUAAUGGUUCCACCGGAUAUCAGGACAUUUAUGCUGUUAACGAUAUCGCAUUCCAUCCCAUUCAUGGAACACUGGCCACAGUUGGUUCUGAUGGGACGUUCAGUUUCUGGGACAAAGAUGCGCGAACCAAAUUGAAAUCAUCGGAAACGAUGGAACAAUCCAUUACCAAAUGUUGCUUCAACGCUUCCGGUCACAUCUUCGCCUACACUGUGGGCUACGAUUGGUCCAAAGGACACGAACACAACAACCCCCAGAAGAAAACCUACAUCUUUUUGCGGUCCUGCUACGAGGAACUCAAACCGAGAGCUUCAAAUUAGACUUGAGGUUAAUUUAUCUUGUCAUCUACGCUACAGUGCAUUCUCAAUAAAAUUGUCCUGAUCUGGAA